CUGUUGUCUUAACGGAAGCGGUAGUGACGCUACAUCACAACACGGCACGGCGAAGCUUCGCUGCAGAACUUAACGCUAAGCUAACUGACCAGCUGCGAGGGUGAAAAAAAUAGACGCUGUGAGGUUCAGUUGGUGUCUUUGCGACUAAACGGGGAUAUUUUCUGGGUAAAGAAGAAAAUCAACGCUUCGUUGAGAUGCCCGAAACUGAGAGUUACUCCAACCCUCUGGCUCCUGAUGGCCACGAGGUGGACGACCACAGAUCUGCUGCUCAGUCCAAGCUGACCAAUGAUGACUUCAGGAAGCUGCUGAUGACACCGCGGACGGCGCCCUCUACAGCUCCGCCCUCCAAGUCCAGACACCAUGAAAUGCCAAGGGACUACAAUGAGGACGAGGAUCCUGCAGCGAGGCGGAGGAAAAAGAAGAGUUACUAUGCUAAGCUACGUCAACAGGAGAUGGAGCGAGAGAGAGAGCUAGCUGAGAAAUACAGAGACAGAGCGAGAGAGAGACGUGAUGGGGUCAACAAAGACUAUGAAGAGACAGAGCUGAUUAGCACCACUGCUAACUACAGAGCUGUAGGACCCACUGCUGAGGCAGAUAAGUCUGCAGCAGAGAAACGUCGUCAGUUGAUCCAGGAGUCAAAGUUUUUGGGAGGUGACAUGGAGCACACUCACUUGGUGAAGGGUCUGGACUUUGCUCUGCUGCAGAAGGUGAGAGCUGAAAUCACCAGUAAGGAGAAAGAGGAAGAGGACAUGAUGGAGAAAGUCCAGAAAGAGGCCAAGAAGGACGUGGAGCCCGAGGAGAAGAUCGAGUUUAAGACUCGUCUCGGUAGGAACAUCUACCGUGUGGUGUUCAGGUCCGGUGUGAUCGAGAGGAAUGAGCUCUUUCUGCCUGGCAGGAUGGCAUACGUGGUCGACCUUGAUGACGAGUUCACCGACACAGACAUCCCGACAACUCUGAUCCGCAGCAAAGCUGACUGUCCCAGCAUGGAGGCUCAGACGACACUGACCACCAACGACAUCGUGAUCUCCAAACUGACCCAGAUCCUGUCCUACCUCAGACAGGGAACACGACACAGGAAGCUCAAGAAGAAGGACAAAGGGAAGCUGGAUGAUAAGAGGGCCCCUGAGGCUGAUCUGAGUAUCUUCGACGACAUCGGGGAUUACAUCCCGUCCUCCACCUCGUCCUCCAAACCGCCCAAAGACAAAGACCGACACCGUGAGCGAGACAGAGAGAGUGACAGCAAGAGCCGGAGACACAACUACUUUGAGAAACCUCGAGGAGAUGAGCACCAGGUGUUGGAGGUGGACACAGGUCCUGAGUCAGUCAGAGAGCAGAUAAAGAUUAUCAAUGAGAAGUUUGCAGGAGCAGCAGGCAGCCAGUGGCAGAGCCAGGACAAAGAACAGCUGGGAGAUUUCUUUGGAGGAUCAAACUCCUACGCUGAGUGCUACCCUGCUACGAUGGACGACCUGGCUGUAGACAGUGACGAGGAGGUGGACUACAGUAAGAUGGACCAGGGGAACAAGAAGGGUCCGCUGGGCCGCUGGGAUUUCGACACCCAGGAGGAGUACUCCGACUACAUGAACAACAAGGAGGCACUGCCAAAGGCUGCCUUCCAGUAUGGCAUCAAGAUGUCCGAGGGCAGGAAAACGCGACGCUUCAAAGAGACCAAUGAGAAGGCCGAGCUGGACCGCCAGUGGAAGAAGAUCAGUGCGAUUAUCGAGAAGAGGAAGAAGAUGGAGGCUGAUGGGGUGGAUGUGAAGAGGCCCAAAUACUGAAGGCUUCCUUCUUUUGUUCCUUGUGUCCUCCUUUAUCUCCUUUUCUUGACUUCUCUGCUGUCUGAUCAGGAGACACAGGAUCAAUAUCAAUCAUUUAUUAAUUGUUAUUAACAUAAACAUGUGUAAUAGUCGUGCUGGUCUGUGAAGUGGUUCCUAGUUUUGAGACAUUACCGUGUGAGGUCAGAGGUCACACAGUGCAACAUGGCGCCCACUGAGGCAGACGCGUUUGCACGUUCCACUCGACCUUGACACAGGUAAUCGAUCAGCUUCACACUCAUUCAGAAUAACCCGAUAUCUGAUGGUAUUGAUUAGGUUGUGAUUUAAUUGUGAGCCAUGAAUCCUCAUUAAACUUUAAAACAUGUCAAAGACAAACUACCUGAUCUCAGUUUGUUU